CACACUCAACUCAACAGCUCACCUCACCAUCUGUUUUGUACAUGUGUAUAUCUAUAUAUCUAUAUCAUAUUUUAGCUUUGGUUUCCAUAUUUUUCUUAAACUUGUUUGAUAGUGCUUCAUUUCCAAGCAAUCAAUGACGAAAGAAAGAAACAAAUUAAUAUAUAUUUUAAAAAGUAAUUAUUUUUAUUUUUAAAAUUUUAAUUUUUAUUUAAAACCCAAAAAAGAAAAGAAGAGAAAGAAAAGAAUCCAUAGCUGUCGUUUCUGUAUAUUUGGGGUAGCUUACGAAGCCGUGUGGGUAGUGUCAUGGGUGGGUUUGGCUCAUGAUCUCCUGCCCCAUUCUCCCCAAACCCGUUUCCAUUUUUCUCAUUUUAAGUAUUGGGUUUUCUUAAAGUUUGUAUCUUUAAUGGUGGGUAUCGCCUAAGUUUUUUUCUGUUCAAGACGAUUUGAAGGAUUCAUUAAGCUUUUUUCUUUCGUGAUCUGAUUGCACAGACCUGUUUCAGAUAAAGGAUAUUGAUGAAAUUUGCCUUCUAUUAUCUCAGAUUUUUCUGAUUAUUCAUGUUGGUUGUCAAUUAUUGAGGUUAGUCUCUUUCUCUUUCUUUUUUCCUUUUUGGGGUUUCUGCAAAAAUUUAUUUUUUCUUUUCUUUUAAUUGGAGGGUGAAAGUACUGAGCUUUAUUUUUGGAAAGAUGGGUUUUGCUUGGUUUUGUUUUUGAAGGAAUCUUUUACUUGGAACAGAGUAAAAGUUUGAUUCUUGGCUUAAUUUUGAGAAUAAGGAGAAGAAUUAAGGAGUUGUAAGAAUCUAGAGGAAAAGAUUGUUGUUUUGUUGAGGUUCAAUAAAUUAGCUUUGUGUGUGAACUGAAUUUGAGAGGUUUUUUAAGGAAGAGGAUUAAGUAUAUGAGAGGGUGGUCAUAAGUGAACAAAGUGAGGAAAAGGAGAGAGAGAAGUCUAAGGGAAAAAGGCAUAAAAGUGGGAAUUUUACUAUUUAAAAAAAGAGGGGAGAAGAAAGUGUAGAGAAUAACCUUACAGGGAGAAGAUCAUAACCCAGAAGUAGAAUUGGCAAGGAAAAUGGCAACUUUGGUUGAUCCCCCUAAUGGAGUUAGGCAACAAGGAAAGCAUUACUACUCAAUGUGGCAAACUUUGUUUGAGAUUGACACCAAGUAUGUUCCUAUCAAACCAAUAGGGAGAGGUGCCUAUGGCGUGGUGUGCUCGUCGAUCAAUAGGGAAACGAACGAGAAAGUUGCAAUUAAGAAGAUCAACAACGUGUUUGAGAACCGCGUAGAUGCCCUGAGGACUCUGAGGGAGUUGAAGCUUCUUAGGCAUAUUCGACAUGAGAAUGUGAUUGCUUUAAAGGAUGUUAUGAUGCCUAUUCAUAGAGCAACUUUCAAAGAUGUUUAUCUGGUUUAUGAGCUCAUGGAUACUGACCUCCAUCAAAUUAUUAAGUCCUCACAACCGCUUUCUAGUGAUCACUGCAAAUACUUUUUAUUUCAGUUGCUUCGUGGGCUCAAGUAUCUUCACUCUGCAAACAUUCUUCACCGAGACUUGAAGCCCGGGAACCUCCUUGUCAAUGCUAAUUGUGACCUAAAGAUAUGCGAUUUUGGUCUAGCGAGAACCAGUAGAGGAAAUGGGCAAUUCAUGACAGAAUAUGUUGUGACUCGCUGGUAUCGUGCACCCGAGCUACUUCUCUGUUGUGACAACUAUGGAACAUCCAUUGAUGUCUGGUCUGUAGGAUGCAUAUUUGCUGAAAUCCUUGGUAGAAAACCAAUCUUUCCCGGAACUGAAUGCCUCAACCAGCUUAAACUAAUCAUCAAUGUUCUUGGCAGCCAGCGUGAAACAGAUAUCGAGUUUAUUGAUAAUCCAAAGGCCAGAAAGUUCAUAAAAUCCCUGCCUUAUUCUAGGGGGACACAUUUUUCCAGGCUAUAUCCCCAUGCUGAUCCAUUAGCAAUAGAUUUGCUAGAGAGAAUGCUUGUGUUUGAUCCAACAAAGAGGAUCACUGUUACAGAAGCACUUCAACACCCUUACAUGUCAGGACUAUACGAUUCGAGACGAAACCCUCCUGCCCAGGUACCAAUCAGCCUUGAUAUAGAUGAGAAUUUGAUGGAACCAAUGAUAAGGGAAAUGAUGUGGAGUGAAAUGCUUCAUUACCAUCCUGAAGCUGCUUCUGUCAAUAGUAUCAAUAUAUGAGUCAAAAAAUGCCUCUCUUUCAUUAAAAAAAAAAAAAACCUUUUCUUUUUCUUGACUUAAAUUGAGAGCUUUUGGAACCAGCAGUACCCUAGUACUAUCUAUCUACUAUAUUAUUUUUCUAUGAAGAACUACUACUGAUGCUACUUGUUCAGCAUUUGAAUUUUUAACACCAUGAUUCUACAUUCAAAGAUUUGGUUUUUAACAACUACUUUGGUAGUUUGAGAUCUUUGCAUUGCAUAGCAACCAUGGUUAUCUUGUAAGGUGUAAAUAUAAUUAUGCUAGUUACUUAUAAUUAUGAGACUAUAUCUAUAUAUGACUUUGUUAUUCUACUCUGUUAUGUAGUUUUAUUUUGAGGCUUUAUUAUUUCCCUUGAAGAAGAACCAAAGGAGUGUAAUAAAUUUGGUUUUUUUUGUUC